UCUCCGCGGCCGGGGCCGGGCCGGGGGGCGUGUGGCGGCGUCAGGCGCUGAGCCAGGGGACGCUCAGCCGCGGCUCCUCGGUGCGAGCUGAGCGCUCCGCGGCGUCCAGAGGUGCGGCGGGCGCAGACCGCGGUGCCCGCGGGGAUCGGAAGGCGGCCAGGGAGAGGACGCAGCCGGCCGCGCUGCGGCAGCCUUCCCUGCGGGCAGCGGGAUCCCGGGAGAGGGCUCCGGGCGGGAGAGGGGGUCCAGGAGGGAGGUGCAGGGGCAGCGGCGGCCUGAGGACGCACCCUGCCGGUGGGGAGAGCCGCCGCGGAGGAGGAGACGGAGAAAAUCCGGUCAGCGCCGGGAGGGCCCCAGCAGGUCCGGAAAGCAGAGACCGCGCCCCAGCUCCCCAAGGGAAGGGGCUGCGUGGGCAGGCGCCUGGCCUGAACAGGUUGGAGAGGCGGGAGACUGAAGGGGGCACUUGGGUCUGACUCCUUGCCUCCCCCCCGCCGCCGCCGCCACCGCCACCGCCACCGCCACCGCCACCGCCACCACCACCACCACCACCUCCUGCUGAGCCCAGAACCAUCAGGGUGACUCAGCCUACACCCUUAACUGGGUCAGCCCCUUGGAAGCGACCCUAAGAGGAGAUUCUGUUGUAUUCGGUGUCUCUGGAAGGGCACUUUACGGGCGUAUCUUCAUUCGAUAUAUGGUCAGUCUUGGUGCCCACAUCACAGAAGUGGUUCUUCACAAGGCCACAGUGAAGAGGCUUGAGACCUUUUCCAGAGGCAUGACCUCCAAAUGGCCCAGCUCCUGCUGCUCCAGAGCUGAAGAAGGUGGUGACAUGAACUGUCCCCUCUGGACUUUGUUUGGCAGCUGAGAAGCUCAGAGCCUAAUUUUCAGCUUUCAGCUCUUAUAUAUGGUAUGCGUGUCUGUGUCUUAUCUCUGGCUUUUUUUGUCUUUUUUCCUCCUAACUUCCUCAUCGACAUCUUCUUUUCCAACCACACGUUUUCGUAAGUCACAACUUACUCUAUGUGCUUCUGUGAACUAUGUCAUCUUUUUUUGAACAAAACAGUAUAAAUCCUUUUAAAAGUAAAAUUUUCCCCUUUGUCAUAUCAUUGUGUUUUAUAAAGUAUUAGCGUCCAGUAGAUGGGUCUGGUUUUGUUUUGGGGGGACAGUUUGUCCACACCACGCAGCAUGUGGGAUCUUAGUUCCCCAACCAGGGAUCAGACCUGUGCCCCCUGCGGUGGAAGCGUGGUGUCUGGAUCGCUGGACUGUCGGGGGAGGCCCUAGCAUCUGUUUUGAUUUACAGCCUUGGUGAGUUGCUGUCAUUUCUCCUGUCGUUUUCAUCAGGUUGCCGUCAAUAAAUAAACCGUAACCGUUCCGGUAUCUGGAAGCAUCAGAAGGCUACUUGGUUUCAUCAUACACUAUGCAUAGUGCGGUUACGGGGCAGUGUUGUUAUUUAUUACCCACCCGCAGCCUCUGCCCUGUUUUUCCAUCUUAUUUCUGUCUCAUGUACAUGAACUUCUCAUUGUUAGUAUCUUUGCUUAAUCAUCACGGGCUUUUUGUGCCUGCUUUUGAAGCUUUUAUAAGUUACUUUUCACACAAUUUUUUGUUACGUGUGUGUGUGUGUUUUCAUCAGUGUUCUGCUAAUUUUAGACAGAGGAAGGCUUAAAAUAAUGAUGUUUCUAAAUCUCAAGGGCCUUCUCCUGGUCAUUAGGGCCUGAAAUUAAUUGAAGCUGAGGAGGACCCACAGGUGGGCUGUGGUGUUAUGGUCAGACCUCGGGUUACCCUCUAGCCUCACUUCAUCAGAUGGUACAUGUGUGUUAUAAAGGGGGAUUUCCCUGAGACUCAGAGGGAAAAAGGCAGCAUCCUACUUAAUGCGAAGGGAACCAGAUAAAGAUCAAAAUGUAUCUUGCAUAGAAUAGUGAUAUUUCUAAUUUGGGGAGUUUAGACUUUCCGUAUUUGUUACUAUAUAGAUGCUGUCAUUUGAAUUUUCAGAAGGCUGUCCAGUGUUUUUAUCUGAUGGGCAACAAAACUUUGUAUUUCUGUAGUUCUGAAGUGCAGUCCGGUCACCGAGGAGAAGUUAAGUCCGGAUACAACGUAGGUGCUGGUGAUCGAGCCGUAACGGCUCUCUGGGCCGGCCUCAGUGGCUUUCCUGCCGCUUUCGCUUCCCAGAGCAUAAGCUUAAAUCAUCUCAGAAGGACAAGGUCCGCUAGCUCAUGGCAUUUACCCAGGCUGGCAAGAGAAGUGCCGCCCGCUGCUUAGAACAGAGCAGGCAGCCACCAGGCCUGGCCGUGGACAGCUGCUCCCUGCCCGAGCAGGCUCACAGGGGAGCCAUGAGGCCCUCCAUGGACAGGAAGAAACUGGAGCGGCUGCAUAACAGGAACAAAGACCCACAAGAUGAAAAUAAAAUUGGAAUUGAUGGAAUUCAACAGUUUUGUGAUGAUUUAAGCCUAGAUCCUGCCAGUAUCACAGUUUUGGUUAUAGCGUGGAAAUUCAGGGCUGCAACUCAAUGUGAAUUUAGCAAAAAGGAAUUUUUAGACCGCAUGACAGAACUUGGGUGCGACAGCACAGAGAAGCUGAGGGCCCUACUGCCCGGACUGGAGCACGAGCUGAAGGACGCGGUGAAGCCCAGGGCCCUUUACCAGUUCACCUUCACCCUCGCUAAGCCGGGGCAGAAGGGGCUAGAUUUGGAAAUGGCCAUCGCGUACUGGAAUCUGGUAGUAUCCGGAAGGUUUAAGUUUCUAGAUCUUUGGAACACCUUCUUGUUGAUAAGGGAGCAUCACAAAAGAUCGAUCCCGAGGGACACUUGGAACCUUCUAGAUUUUGGAAACACGAUCGCAGAUGACAUGUCCAACUACGAUGAAGAAGGAGCAUGGCCUGUUCUCAGAGAUGAUUUCGUAGAAUACGCACGGCCGGUGGUCACAGGUGGUAAAGGCAGUCGUGUCUCGGCAGAAAAUUGA